AUGGCUCGGAACCCUGGAAAUUCUACAACUCCUCCCCGCGCUGGCGUAGGGCCCCGCCGGAUCGACUCGGCUGUUAGUUCGGAGUCUGGUGGUUUGAGCACAGGAGACACCCUUAUCUGGAACGAUAUAGAUUUCUCAGGGGUCAUUCCUAGCGCCUUUGCUUCACUUGCCAUAGGUACAAGCCCUUCAGCCGGUAGAAGCAUGACAAACCUCCAGUCUAUGCCAACAGAGGUGCUUAUUGAAAUAGCCAAAGCAAUGAGUCCAGCCGAUCGAGUUUCUGCCGCAUUUGCCUACCCGGAUCUAUUCAUCAACUCUAACAGAUAUCACGUGUUCUACGAUGAUGCCAUUGCCCAACUAGCGAUUCCUACCUACAUAUUAUCGGGCCCUGAACAUAACCGCCAGCCUCUACUCCUAGAAGCAAUCAGCCAUGGUUACAGCGUUGAGCAGAUCGGUUUUCUUCUCGAUCUUUACGAAGAGGUAUGUGUAGCCAGUAACGUUGACCGUCAUACUUUCUUGAACUCUUCUUUUCCGGAUAACAGACCAGAAGGUUACCAGCCGCCCAGUCCACCCCCUAAUCCCGAGAAUCCCGAGUCUAAUACGCCCGUACCCGUUAUGGUGAGAAAUUUGUUUUCGCCACUUCAUGUUGCCAUAGCUAGCCAGCGUCUUGACAUCGUCCGAUACUUAAUGCAGCGAGGAGCAGAUCUUGAACACAUUGUUACACGCCCGACCCUCGUCGCACUUACCCCCUUGCAGUAUGCUCUUAAUCAUCUAUCGCCAACGCAAGCGUUUUUCGCCGCGCUCUCCCAAAGUCAGCGGGACAUACUGAUGGAAAUAGCUUCUGAGAUAUUGAAUCAUUCUCCUAAUCUCUCAGCCUACACAACUAGUUUAGUAGAGCUAAGUCGAGAGAUGUUCCUGGCUAUGAGAGCAGGGGCAGAGUCUAUAGUACUGACUCUUUUGGAGAGAGCAGCGCCACCGAUAGAUCUACCACUUGAUGCUACACAGAGACUUCAAACCGUGAGAAACCGCGCGCUACAAUGCCUAGCAAGAAGCCAGCGUCCAAUGCCCCGAGCGCUUCUUCACGUUCUGAACGAGGGUGCCGUUUGGGAUCAUCGCCAUGGAAGCGCGACCGGCGCCGCAAUAGAAGCAAAUAACGUACAACACGCUGUGAUCAGCCUACGGUGGGAAAUUGUAAACAACAGCAGCACCUUGGCCCAUAGCAUUCAGAGAAUUUGCCGUGCCACUUCAGGUGCUAACAUAGCUAUCGUGCAAGCGUUAGUCCAGGUGUUAGUCGAGUAUAACCAAGAAGAGGCACAGCUUAGGGUGUUACUGAGCGCAAUGAACAACGUAGCGAGGAAUGAGGUGCUUGCGGACGGUCAGUCGAUGAGAGACAUGGUGCUGAGAACCAUACCCCUAAAUGAUACAGCCCUGCGGUUUGCUAUUUGCUUCAGAGAUAGGUCAACUACGGCACACAUGGUUCGCAUGUUCGUUGAGCGCGGCCGGUCGAUUGAUGAUAGACUUCCCAGAGAUAGCCUCCUUGCUCCACCAGCUUGUCCUGGUCAUUGGUUCGAAACACCGCUGACGUACGCCCUCGCGCUGAACAACUACUGCGCAGCAUCUCAGCUCCUCUCUUUUGGUGCAAGCCCAAGCAGGGUGCCAGCCAACAUCCGGCACAGGGUAAGAACUGUCCGCCAUAGAAUCAACUCUGGAAUGAUUUCUCACAUCGAGGAUUUCUUGUUUCAAAUCAUGGACACGCUAAUAGACGGGUCGCGACCUACGAUAGAGGAAGCUCGCGAGGCUCUAGGGUACGUUUUUGCGAAAAUGCUCGACGACCCAGAGCACCCUUUACCGCAUUAUAACCGUACCCUACUCUAUCCAGAGCGAGAGGCUGAUCACCCCUACAAUGACUCGGAUAGUGAAGACUAUCCUCAUAGAGCGCGCUGUAUAUCUAGCGUCAGGUUCGGGACCGCCCCUUGGCGAUAAAUAUGGGAUUUUGAGUCAAAGUUUGCGCGCUUUCUGCAGUAAGGGCGAGUAGUUGCUUUCGAGUUGGUCGUAGAGUCGCUCGAAAGGUAUGCCGCUACGGAUAUACCGCUCUUCCAGACACAACUAUAUCUUAGUAGUGACUGACUGUUAAGCAAACUAGAUUAUUUCAUAUAAAGCAC